CUCUCAAGAUGGCGCUGCAGUUUGCUCUUAUUCCAGUUUCUUCAAGAGAAGUGAUUGCAGUCCGUCAGUGACUGGAGCAUUCUCAUUCUACACUAUACCAAACGACCUUCCGACUGAUGUAGAGAUAAUAAUAAUGACUGGUAAUGCAAUAUCAGUUCUGUAUCCUGGUAACCUCACAUACUACAAGAACUUGACCACACUCCACUUGAAUGAUACUCUCAUCUCAAGUCUUCCUGUUGAUCUAGCAAACACAACUUCAUCUAUUCAAAACUUGUUUUUAGAUGGUACUCCACUUACUGAGAUAGAAGACAAUGCUUUUGAACACUUGACUAACCUCAGGAUUCUAUAUAUUGAUGAGUCAGCAAUAACCUCACUACCAGAUAGACUGUUUACUCGUAUACCUAACAUUGACUUAAUAUCAUUAACAUAUAACCAGUUACAGACAAUAUCUAAUGAGGUUUUUAAUGAUGGGAGUCAUAUGCGUGGUAUAAUCUCACCUUCACUGCAAAUAUUUUUAGCUGGAAAUCCUUUGUCAUGUGAUUGCAAUCUUUUUCUAUUUCGAAACUCAUUUGUAGCAGGUGUAUUUCCAAAAGAUGAUGACAUAUUGAGAUGUCAAUGGCCAACAAAUAAUUUAACACGUGACUUGGGACUAGGUGAUUUCCAAUGCUUUGCUCCAAGCGUAACUCAAAGUCCAAGAAAUGAUUCUAUCCUAACAAACAGAACCUACCAUUUAACAUGUACAGUAACUGGUGCCCCAUUCCCUGAAGUAACUUGGAUCAAAGAUGGAGUUGAGCUCAACUACACCAGCAGAGUCUACACCUCACUCUACAAUGCAUCACUCACCAUAACUAAUGUAGAACUAACUGAUGAUGGAGUCUAUCAGUGUGUCAUUGAUAAUGAGAGUGGAACUGAUAGCAGUUUAGAAGCUACACUAACAGUGCAAGAAUUACCACAAGUUCCCAGGGAUUUAUUAAACAAUAGAAUACAGAAUAUACUGACCAGCAAUGUAUUCAACUCCAAUUUUACUGUUGAUACUAACAUUGCUACAGUAGAGGACACAAUGAGAAUGAUACUAGCUCAACAACUCCAGAUACCAGUAGCUGCUAUUACUAAUAUUUGGUUCAAUCUUUCCAAGGACACUGAUGGGAUCAAAGGUCGUGACAAUCUCCAAAAACAAGUGAACAAUGGGCACAUAAAAGGAACAGUCAAACUAACUGAGAGUGGAUCUUAUUUUAGUGCAAGAAUAAACGUUUAA